AUGGCUACGCUUGCAGAGGAGCUUUUCAACGAUUUCGCUGACUCUGGCUCGGAGGCCGACGAGACUCGGCAAGAUGGCAAUGAUGCACUGGGUCUCGACCUUGCGCCCCAGACGGUCAAUCACAGCUCGUCAAACGACAUGGACUUAGACGCAGAUGAUAGCGAAGCUGAUGCAGAUGACGAUGUCAUGGCUGGCGUGAGUAAAGGCACCGUCGACACUGUCGAGGACGCUGAGGAUGCCAAGUCCAAGGUCGAGAAGAUGCAACUAGGCGGCGUGAACGAUGUUCGCAGUGUUGCCAGUCUCAUGCAGACCCUGGAACCCGUUAUAGAGAGAAUCGCACACUAUCAGUCGCAACCUACUCCGACUCAGCUCAUCGGCAAUAUCGAAGAUCACCCCGAAUACCAUCUCCUGACACAGUCGAAUAGUUUGUCAACGCUGAUCGAUAGCGAAAUCGUUCUCGUCCACAAAUUCAUUAGAGAUCACUACUCGAUCCGGUUCCCCGAACUCGAAACGCUCAUCACCAACCCGCUAGAGUACGCCAAGGUCGUGGCCAUCUUAGGAAAUGGUCCCCUGGAUUCGGAGAACAUCAAGACUUUGCAGCAUUCUACAGACAACCCUCUUAAGGCGUCACUUCGUUCGGUACUCGAUGGUCCAUCCCUGAUGAUCGUGACGGUGGAGGCCACGACAACCAAAGGUCGUGAAAUGUCGCUAGAUGAACUCAUGCGAGUGCAGAGAGCAUGCGAGAUGGUGUUGUCCUUGGACAGGGCGAAGAAGACUCUUACAGAAUACGUUCAGUCGCGCAUGAACCUUUUCGCGCCGAAUUUGACUGCGAUGAUCGGAUCUUUGACUGCUGCGCAGCUAUUGAAUGCUGCUGGAGGGCUGACGGGUCUGUCCAAGACGCCCGCAUGCAAUAUUGCUGCCUGGGGGUCGAAGAAAGGAGCCGGUGCAGCCGGUCUGGCUACAAACAUUGGCAUUCGCCAACAGGGAUUUCUCUAUCACUCUCCUAUUAUUCAAGGCAUUCCCAACGACCUCAAGAAACAGGCCAUGCGCAUUGUCGCAGCAAAGCUUCUACUCGCUGCUCGUGUAGACCGAGUUCACUCUAGUCCCGACGGCUCGACGGGCGAAGAGCUCAAGGGUCAUUGUCUCGAGCGACUAGAGAAGCUUACGGAACCACCUCCAAACAAGGGCCCCCGAGCGCUUCCGGUCCCUGACGAUAAACCAUCGCGCAAGCGUGGAGGGAGAAGAGCUAGAAAGGCCAAGGAGGCUACGGCCAUGACGGAGCUACGCAAGGCGCAGAACAGGAUGGCAUUUGGUAAAGAGGAGAGAGAAGUCGGUUAUGGCACGGGAGAGGGCACUGCAGGACUUGGUAUGAUCGGCCAAGCCAACGACGGCAGAAUUCGCAACCUGCAAAUCGACCAGCGGACGAGGGCAAAGCUCAGUGCCAAGAACAAGGGUUGGGGCGGCGCAACUUCGCUGAACGGGGCAGCAUCCUCCCUUCGAGGGUUCGGGCAAGCAAACUCCAACAUCGACCUGCGUGGCAAGGGUCUCAGGACGUCAGGUGUCGGCACGACGCUUGGUGCGCCUACGGGCACAGCGUCGUCACUGGCCUUCACUCCCGUGCAGGGUCUAGAGCUCGUCGAUCCCAAAGUCCAGGCUGAACUCAGUCGAAAGCGGAAGGCCGAGGAGGACCGAUGGUUCAAGGGAGGAACCUUCACGCAAGUUGCUGGCUCGUCCAAUGGAGGCUUCAAGAAGCCCGACCUGCCUCCCAGCAAAAAGGUUGAUACUGGUGCAGGUAAAAUGGGACCUCCACCUCCGCGGAGCGGCUGA